AUGGUACUGAAACGGCCACUUUGGGACGGGGGUGAGGAAAGUUCUGAACUUCCAGAUAGUGAAUUUAAACGCCAGCAUUUUCUUGCAACGGCUUUCGGAGAGUUAGAGGAUGGUCAGGCUGUCCAAGAACUUGUGCACAAAUUGGAACCCUUCUUUCGGAAUGUGGUGCGAGAAGAGGUUGAACGUGCAAUCCAUCCAUUUAUGAGACCCUCGCAAAAUCAAAUCGAGAGCUCUGGAUCAAGAACGUGGCAGCUGCGUUUUGGCAGUGAAUUGCCUGGUACCAUUUUCACAGGCAAUAGGAUACUAUCUGACGACAGAAGACCAGUCAAACUUGUUCUGUAUGAUUCAGGUUCUGGGAACCUAAUAACAUCAGGGCCCUUAUCUUCACUGAAGGUCAAUGUUGUUGUUCUUGAUGGUGAUUUUAGUCCUGAUGAUCAUAACAACUGGACGGAGAAAGAUUUCGUGAGUAAAAUUGUACCGAAUAGAGAAGGAAAAAGGCCAUUGGUCACUGGAGAAUUGUCAGUCCAAUUGACAGAGGGAGUAGGUUAUAUUGGUGAAGCCAACUUCACUGAUAAUUCAAGCUGGAUCAGGAGUGGGAGAUUUAGGUUGGGUUUGAAAGCGAAUGCUAAUUCCACUAUAAGGGAAGGAAUAAGCAAAGCCUUCAAAGUAAAAGAUCAUCGUGGAGAGUCAUACAAGAAACACUACCCUCCAUCCUUGGAUGAUGAAGUAUGGCGCUUGGAGAAGAUAGCGAAAGAUGGUGCAUCCCAUAAACGGUUGGCUCAGAGUGAUAUAUCCUCUGUCGGAGACUUUUUGAGGUUGUACGUCACAAACCAGUCCUCCCUACGCUCCUUACUCAACAUCUCAAACAGGAAGUGGGAUACAAUCAUCAGACACGCUACAAAUUGCAAUUUGGAUGACAAAUUGUACUUGUACAUUAGUGCAGAUGGGAUCAGGCUUUUCUUCAACUGCAUCUACAAUCUUGUAGGAGCUACUUUUGAAGGACCGAAUUACCUUUCCUUGGAUAAACUCAAUAUGUAUCAGAUGCGAAUUGUGGAGAAUCUGAAACAGCAUGUUUAUAGAAACUUAAAGGACUUGGUGCCCAUUGCUGACCAAUCAGCUGUUGACUACCCGAUGCUAUUGCCAAGUGUUGGAGCAGACAAUUUUAACUAUCCUUCUUCAAGUAUGCAGAAUGCUAAUUUCCCAGUUCAACAAGAAAUGCAGACGAACCUUGCUCAUCCAACUUCACCACUAUUUAAUUACGAAGCGGAACAAGAAUAUAGUCCGAUGCAAGGAUUCAAUUCGACAUCGGGAAACAGUUUUGGGAUGAGUGAUUCUCCGAGCGGAUCCUAUAUGGGAGCAGAUACUUGGGCUUCUGGAGGAACAGAAAGCACAAAACAAGAUGGUGUAAGGUUCUGGCUGUAG